GCAGGCGGCCAAGCUUGACCUUGACCGUUGGCGCUGCCAGCUUUGCUCUCGCUGCCCGGCAACGGCGCGCUCCGGCGGCUGCGCCCGCCCCUCCCUCGAGCGGAAUCGCCGGCGAUCCAGGCCGGGUUUUGCCGCGGAGCUGUUGGGUUGCGCGUGCUGAUUUCUCUCCGGUAGCAGCCGGCUGCAGGAGACUAUGGUGCUGCGCCAAGUGUGGACCGCGCUAUCCGGAGUCUCCGGGGUUGCCCUAGUUUGCUGCUUGUUGUCGGCAGCGGUGGUCCUGCGAUGGACCGGGCGCCGGACGGCCCGGGGCGCGGCGGCCAGGGCGCGGCGGAGGCAGCGAGCCGGCCUGGAGACCAUGGAUAAGGCGGUGCAGCGCUUCCGGCUGCAGAACCCUGACUUGGACUCGGAGGCGCUGCUGGCCCUGCCCCUGCCUCAGCUGGUACAGAAGUUACACAGUGGUGAGCUCACCCCCGAGGUGGUGCUCUUCACCUACUUAGGAAAGGCCUGGGAAGUGAACAAGGGGACCAACAGUGUGACCUCCUAUCUGACUGACUGUGAGACUCAGCUGUGCCAGGCCCCACGGCAGGGCCUGCUCUACGGCAUCCCCGUGAGCCUCAAGGAAUGCUUCAGCUACAAGGGCCAAGACUCCACGCUGGGCUUGAGCUUGAAUGAGGGGGUGCCAUCGGAGUGUGACAGUGUGGUGGUGCAGGUGCUGAAGCUGCAGGGGGCGGUGCCCUUUGUGCACACCAAUGUCCCCCAGUCCAUGUUAAGUUUUGACUGCAGUAACCCCCUCUUUGGCCAGACUCUGAACCCCUGGAAGUCCUCCAAGAGCCCCGGUGGAUCCUCCGGGGGCGAGGGGGCACUCAUUGUCGGGGGCUCCCCGCUGGGCUUAGGCACCGAUAUUGGAGGCAGCAUCCGCUUCCCUUCCGCUUUCUGCGGCAUCUGUGGCCUCAAGCCUACCGGGAACCGCCUCAGCAAGAGUGGCCUGAAGGGCUGUGUCUAUGGACAGACGGCAGUGCAGCUUUCUGUUGGCCCCAUGGCCCGGGAUGUGGAGAGCCUGGCAUUAUGCCUGAAAGCCCUACUGUGUGAGGACCUGUUCCGCUUGGACCCCACCGUCCCCCCCUUGCCCUUCAGAGAGGAGAUCUACACAAGCUCUAGACCCCUGCGGGUGGGAUACUAUGAAACGGACAACUAUACCAGGCCUAGCCCAGCCAUGACGAGGGCGGUGCUGGAGACCAAGCGGAGCCUUGAGGCUGCUGGCCACACGCUGGUUCCCUUCUUGCCCAACAACAUCCCCUACGCUCUGGAGGUCCUGUCCGCAGGUGGGCUGUUCAGUGACGGUGGCCACGCUUUCCUCCAGAACUUCAAAGGUGACUUUGUGGAUCCCUGCUUGGGGGACCUGAUCUUAAUUCUGAAGCUGCCCGGGUGGUUUAAGAGACUGCUGAGCUUCCUGCUGAAGCCUCUGUUUCCUCGGAUGGCAGCCUUUCUCAACAGCAUGCAGUCUCGGUCGGCUGGGAAGCUGUGGGAACUGCAGCAUGAGAUUGAGGUGUACCGAAAUUCUGUGAUUGCCCAGUGGAAAGCUAUGAACUUGGACGUGCUGCUGACCCCCAUGCUGGGCCCCGCUCUGGAUCUGAAUGCACCAGGCAGAGCCACAGGGGCUAUCAGCUACACUGUGCUCUACAACUGCCUGGACUUCCCUGCGGGGGUGGUGCCCGUCACCACUGUGACGGCUGAGGACGACGCCCAGAUGGAACACUACCAGGGCUACUUUGGGGAUAUCUGGGACCAUAUACUGAAGAAGGCCAUGAAGAAGAGUGUAGGCCUGCCUGUGGCCGUGCAGUGUGUGGCUCUGCCCUGGCAGGAAGAGAUGUGUCUGCGGUUCAUGCGGGAGGUGGAACAGCUGAUGACCCCUGAAAAGCGGCCGUCCUGAGGGUCAUUCACCUGCCCAGCUCUGGAGGACCUAAGGCCUAUGAGCUCUGUCGCCUGUGAGGAAAUGCCGAGCACAGGGAAGAGGUGUCCACCUGUCCUCCCCUGGACUCCUGCAGAAGCACAGGACACUUCCCCCCUCCCCCUCCCCCCACCACACACACAGUCUGGACCUUGCUCCCCUCUCUGGUCCACUUUCCAUCCUGAUCCCCUACUUCAUGUGGCAGCCAGCAGGAAUGGCCUGGGCUCAUCAACAUCGAAGAAGCAAUAUGUUACGUA